AUUGCCAAAGAAAAAGUAAUAUUCCAAACACAUUCUACUUCCCCUUUUUGCCUCAUCAAGGGCACCCAUUUCGGUCGGAAUUUCAAAAUCCAAAAAAUAAGAUGUCUGAUAUCAACUUGACUGCCUAUAACGUCUUCCGGCGCGAUCUGGCCAGAAUAUUCAAGACAUUCAACUCAUCUACACAAACCGAUUUUACUGAUGAAAUAAGCACAAACACCGACCUCGAUUACAAAUCCGAUUUGGAACCCAAUCUUUCGCAAAUUUACGAUCUGGAACUGGAUUAGAUCGAUAGAUUCAAAGAAGAGUCCU